AUUGUUAGCCUUGUCUAGCUAUUUGGUUAUAAAGCUAAAGUAUGCUAGAUAACAUUAGUGUGCUAACGUCAGCUAAAAGCUAAGGGAUGGACGGCUAGCUGCAUAUUUGGCAAGAUGCGGGCUUGUCUUAGUGAUCUUUUGUUUGUUUUAAUUGUUGAAACUAGCUAUCUAGUGUAACCUGGCACAGACAAGCCUUCGGGCUGACGGAGACAGUUCAGCGAGCGGUCCAAGUUUGAGUUGUGCCGUGGGGGUAUCUUACACGGGCACGGCAUGUUAGCAUGCUCUUGCGCGCGGGUGCUGACAUGUGGCUGUCAGUCUAACCCUGGUUUCGCUUGUCAGAGUGUGCAAUGAGCGCCGCUGAAGAUGUCGGAGACGAUCUACGAGGGCUUCGAGAAGAUGGCCAAGAAGCAGAACAAGGAGCAGGUUCCCCCGGCGACGGUCGCGGAACCGCCCGCCAAGAAGGCCGGCGCCAGCAAGCAGCCGAAAAAGUCGCCCGCCAACGGCGGCGGGCCGGCUCCCGUCCCGUUCAGAACGCUGGAGGAGGCCGUGAACGCGUUGGAUAUCUCAGAACUGCAGCAGCAGCUGGAGAGGAGCCAGACCGUGUUCCCGGAGAACCCCUCUGUGUGGGUGAAGGACCUGGCCGGGUACCUCAACUGCAAACUGCAGGCCCCGGAGGGGGACCCCACGCUCAGCACCCACAGCUACGAUUACCCAUACUGCCUUGCCAGUAAGGAGCUGAGGAGCAUCAUUAAGGGCCUGCUGGCCCAGUGCGGCGGGUCCCUGCAGGACUUCUUCGACCACUGCAUCUACACCAUGCUGCGCGAGCUGGACAAGGCCUCCGGAGAGCCCCUGCACGGGUACAGGAUCUGCAUUCAGGCCGUCAUGCAGGACAAGCCCAAAAUAGCCACCCUCAACCUGGUAGAGCACCUGGAGCUGUUGCGGUCCCAUCAGAACCGGCCGGUGAAGUGCCUGACCAUCAUGUGGGCGCUGGGCCAGGUGGGCUUCUGCGACCUCAGCCAGGGCCUCCGCGUGUGGCUGGGCAUCAUGCUGCCGGUGCUGGGUAUGAAGUCCCUGUCUGCCUACGCCAUCGGGUACCUGGAGAGGCUGCUCAUGUUGCACGCUAACUUGACGAAAGGCUUUGGAAUCAUGGGACCAAAGGAGUUUUUCCCGCUGCUGGACUUUGCCUUCAUGCCUAAAAAUGCACUUUCAACCAGCCUGCAGGACCAGCUGAGGCGUCUCUACCCGCGGCUGAAGGUCCUGGCGUUCGGCGCAAAGCCCGAGUCCACCCUGCACACCUACUUCCCCUCCUUCCUGUCCAGAGCCACGCCCCACUGCCCCGACGACAUGAAGAGAGAGCUCCUGAGCAGCAUGACUGAGUGCCUGUCAGUGGAUCCUCAGAGCCUGGGGGUGUGGAGGCAGCUUUACACCAAACACCUGCCACAGUCCAGCCUUCUGCUAAAUAAUCUCCUUAGCUCCUGGAACACGUUGCCCGCUAAGCUGCGCAGGAAUCUUCAGGAGACAGUCCAGUCUUUCAAAGUGACCAAUGAGGAGAUGAGGUCGUCCACCAGCUCUCAGGAGGUGUUGGAAUGCAAUGAGCUGUGCAAUAGCCUGCAGCUGAAGAUGAAGGGGCGGGGCUUCCCCUGGACCCGCCUGCUGAUGGCCGUGCUGGUUUUUGCCGCUGGCUUCCUGGUUCACGACAUCCGUUCCCAGGGCUCUUUCAAAGCCUCGGCGACGGCGGGGUACCUGCAGCAGUCGGGUCUCCUGUCCGUGUCCCAGCAGGCCUGGGGCAAAGUCUCGCACUACUCCCAGGAGGGCGUCAGCUGGCUGGAAACCAACGCUCCGUAUUACUACUCCGAGGCUGUGACCGCGGUCGGGCCCGUCCUGGAGGUCGCCUGGGAGAAGACGAAGGUCGGCGCGGUCUUCGUCGUGGAGCAGUGCUCGGACCUGGUGGCGUGGGUCAGAGAGAACGCGCCGCGCUUCAUCGAAUGGCUUAACGCCAACAUCCCAGAGAGCGUGUUCCAGUUCAUCGAGUAUCUGAAGGAGCUCCUGGUGUUCAUCCAUCACAGUUAUGUCCUGCCGUCGCUGGCGUACGUAAAAGUUUCGCUGGAGCACGCGUGGCAGAUGUUCGUAGAGUCCUGCGAUGGUGAAGUGUCGUUACAUUGUGUGCAGAACCACGUGAUAUCCCUCUCCAAUUCCACCUGGACGUACAUGCAGGACGCCACCGUGGCCGUAAAGAACUGGGCCUCGGACCUCAUGUCCCAGUCGUGAGCCGUGGUGAUGUCACACGGAACUCUCAGAGACUGCAACUUGCUUGUGUUCGCCCCCUACAGGGGACUUCAACCAACUGCGCUUUCUAAACCCCUUGCUUAAAGAAGGAUUUUUUUUUUCUUUUUGUUGUGAAAGAUGGAACAGACACUUGACUCUUUCUUCUUUUUCUUUUGUCAGACUGCAUGAAAUUUUAUAUCACACUUGUUUUUCUACCGAAAGAAGUUGUAUCAUGUAUGGGUGCACAGGCAUUUUCCUGUUUUUUUUUUAACAGAGGUAUUCAGGUUUAAAAAUAACCAGUGUUAUUUCAGAAUUAAUUGUCAAAUGGGAACAAACUUGGACAACUUCCAGGGGUUCUGCUUUGAAGAUAUUUAAGGGUAAUCUGCAAAAAAAAACAAACACAAAAACUAGGCUCUCACUGAAGCCAAACUCUUUGGUCUGUGUCUGAUGGUUGCUGCUUGACUGAAACAAGAACGCUUUAACUGCAGACUGUUGAAGCCCUGCCGUCCUGAAUGGAGCCUGAGCUCGUCUCUCGCGCUUCAACAACAUGAGCCAUGCAAGUUCGGAAGGUGGACGGACACCCGCUUUGUGCCUAGCUCCAGUUUCCUUAAUUCUUUUUUUAAAUUUUUCUUUCUUUUAAAAAAAAAAAAAAUAUAUAUAUAUAUAUAUAUGAUGAUGAAAUAAAAAGGUUGUAUUUGUGUACGUCCCUUGUGAACGAGCACUGGACUGUGGACUACUACUGCUGCUUGGUAUCGAGGCCCGCUUUUUACUUGAACAUCAGUUGUUUUUCUGUUCCUGGGGCGAUUCAGUGACGAUCCACCUACCUCCCGUGCGGUUUAGAUCUAGGCUUGUUGCUCCUCUCCUAGGUUCAUAGACCAUACCUGACCCUUGACCCCUGACCCCUGACCUUUGACCCCCCUCCCUCCAAUCUGCCGUGGCAUGCAUUUUCCCUGGAGAGGAGAGGAGAGGAGAGGAGAGGAGAGGUGCAUGGAACCCCCAGACCAGGGGAACAGACUGUUUUGGGUUUCAGGCCUGUGAAGAGAGAGAGGUGGAUUUAUAAGCUGCUCUGGUCAAAACCAAUGAAAUAAAAUAAAAUUCUAAACAUCAGCCUGAAAUUGUGAAUCAGUUUGUGACUUUGUACAUGUGAAAUGUUUAUGAAUAAAGAUUGCUGAGCCCGUA